AUGGAUGCAGAUUCGGUUUUGCCGGUAGAUGAGGAAGAGUUCGUUUCGGGAACGAGCCAGGCCACAACCGCCCUUGGACAUCGCUCUAUGCAGAAGGAUGAAACCCGCCAUACGAUCACAUCGUUGGCAGAUAGUUUCGCGCAAAAUGUCUCCCUGGAGUCAGCAUCACCGGGAACAGCCGACACCGACGUUGGGUUGGAUUGUGAAAUGCCUCAAGUGAACCACCACAACGACGACGGUAGUUCGACUACGUCGGCAAGGAAACCACUGCAUUUGCUGGAUCUACCCCUGGACAUACUGCAAGUCAUCAUGAAAGAGGUGACACAUACGAAUGAUCUGACAUCGCUGGCUUUGACUUGCUCCGCUCUACACGCCUUAGCGAUUCCACAGAUGUACUCCCGAUUCGACAUAGUAUGGCCCGACACGUUAUCAUCCUCAGACCAUCCUGCGGGCGUGGAUGCCCUCUCAUAUGGUCUCGCAACCUUGGUCAUGGGAGAGAACCUAUUCUACGAGCUUCCAUCAACCGGUCGCUUCAACAACCCAUGUCUGUAUUGCGGUCAUAACAAUAAGCAUGCGCAAGAGCCAAGGCAGUUAGUAACAAAUUCGAUGCGGCACAUGCGACGCGGGAACUAUUAUGCGCAAUAUACGAGGAAGUUUUCGGUGGGAAAUGGCCCUUUGGCCUGGGUCCAGGAAUAUGCUGUGAAUAAGGAGACCGGUAAAAUGCUCGGGACACUGGUUGCGCUAGCCGUAGCUCGGAUGGUCAACCUGGAGACCUUCAUCUGGGAUAUGCCGACAGGUGUGCUACGGGAUGUCUGGAUUGCGCUAUCGUCGCUAGCCACUCGGCCGGGCCAUGACUGUCGCCUCGAGCGCGUCUGGGUUCGCUGGCAUGAUAAUACAGAGAAUGCGAUGCGAUCUAGUCUUCUUCCGGCCGCAUCUGCAAGCUCGCCAUUUCAGAAAUACGCACAUGUGGAAUAUCCUUCCUUGUCGAUUCUACCUCCUCUGAGAAGCUUGAGCGUACUCGACAUCGAUGAACCGUCGUACCUCGAGGAAAUGGCCGUGCUUAUUGAUCGCUCACGAGACCGCUUGAAGGAACUGCGUAUCGGAAUCUCGUCCAAGACAUACCAGGCUGACUGGCUCAAGCCCAAGGAAAGCCCGUCUGCGGGACAUCAGGAUACAUCUACUGAAACACCACUCGAUUGGCCUAAGGCUGGAGGCGUCCUUGAAAUUCUUGCUGGCGAAUUCAAGCCCCAGCCGUGUCCCGUGGAGAGAUCUGUUCGCGCUUCCUCGCUUAAGGAAGGAACCGAGCGAAGUGGAGAUAUGUUUGCCGAGCAAGUCUUAACAGAAGACCUAUUAGUAGAUGCAGGCUCUUCAAGUGCUGGUGUGGUCGCAGAGUCUCGGUCACCGCAAGCUCCGGGGGCAGUUUCUGCGGCUCAGGUGCCUGGAAAUGGCUCCCCCGGCAACGACGGCAUGGAUCUUAUGACUGUAUCAAGUCACUCAAUAGAGAAUAAAGCUCCAGUGGAUGAUCCGAACGAGGCUUCGAAGACGCUGUCCAGCAGCCCGACUGGCUCGGAUCUGGUAUCUGAGCGGCAAGCGCUAAAGCUGGAAACCUUGGAGCUAGAGCGCGUUUAUUUAUCUAUUCCUCUCAUUCUGCAAGUUAUUGAUUGGACUCAGCUCACCACAAUGACCAUUCUCCGCUGCGAUGGGCAUGAGAAACUCUGGAGAGCUCUACGACGCCAAUUUGCGCCGUCUACUAGGCAUGAGAAGAAAGAUAACAUUGGCUCUUGCGAGUAUAGUCUAAGACUCAAGCAUAUUCAUACGGACUCCGUGUCCCCAUACCUACUGUUGUUCAUCAAGGAUGCUAUUGCCCCCAACACUUUGGAAACUGUCUUUCUGCAUGAGGCACCCUUGUAUGACUCUAUUGUUCAUACCGAUGCGAUCUACCGAAAUAUUCUACGCGCUCAUCGGUUGAGCUUGAAAAAAAUACUGAUCGAUAGCACUGAAAGAUCACCAAACGGGAAUGAGAUGGGGACAAGCCGUUGGCGCAAGUGGAUGUUCACCCGGAAGAUGAUCGCUUUCAUUACUAGUGGACGCAUGCCCCAACUGCGUGAGCUUUCUAUGACAAUCAACUCCAAGGAUUGGCACUAUUUUCUCCAAAGACUUCCCUUCAUUCCUCAUCUCCGUGCUCUUCACAUUUCGCACAUCGCCAAUCCCGUGCAUCGCAAUGCCAAAGAACUGGCACUGCAGAUCCUUGACAUUGUAACCAUACGCCCUGAUGUUGGAAUCGGCUACAUUGGCAUUCAAAACAAAUGCUACGAGAUUCUCGAAAGCAAACGUGGCGAAAAGUACGAUGAUCCAGACGAUACGGACGAUAGCCACAGCGAUGGAUGGGUUCCUGGAGCUGGACCAUGGACAGCGUCUGCGAUGAACGAUAGCGAGGACGAAGAUGGCCUGGACAGUGUCCUGGAUUCGAGUUCCGAGCUGUCCUCGUCCGAGGAAAGUUCAUUAGAUGACGAAUCUAGUACGAGUUUCAACAAAUCCCGGCGAGCUUUCAAACUACGGGAGAUUUUGUUUUAUGAUGAUAAGAUAGCCAUUUUCAAGGCUCGACAUGGCGUUCUGUAA